AGAUGAAGAGGGGGGAAAUAAUGGGGUUACCAUUAAAAAUGAAGAGGGGGAUUUACUUAAUAAAGAUGGAUGACAAACCCAGCCUGCUGCUCUCAUUCCACACUGAACCCAAACAAGAGUCAUUCGAUUCUGAUUGUGACAGUGGAGCUCAGUGUUCAUUGGUGGAUUCAGGGAUGACAUCAGUGAAGCAGGAAGACUGCAGUCCAAUACUGGGACUGAAUGUUAUCAUUAAAGAUGGAGAGGAGAAGAUGGAGAUCAACAGUCAAACACUGGGACUGAAUAAUAUUAAAUGUGAAGAUGAGGAAAUUGGGGAUUUAACUAACAAAGAUGGGAUUGCUGAAGUUGAUACUUUUCCUACAUCUGGAAAGCAACAACAGGAAGAUCACAAAGAUAAGAAGUCUCACCCCUGCCCCCAUUGUGAAAAACGUUUUCUAUUUAUAUCACAUUUAAAAAGACACCUUAACACACAUACCGGAGAGAAGCCUUCCUCCUGUUCUGACUGUGGAAAGAGUUUCUCUCAGUCAGGUAACCUUAAAGCUCAUCAGCGAAUACAUACUGGAGAGAAGCCAUACUCAUGUUCUGAAUGUGGAAAGAGUUUCUCUCAAUUACGCGAACUUAAAAUUCACCAGCAUGUACAUACAGGAGAGAAGCCUUACUGCUGUUCUGAAUGUGGGAAGAGCUUCUCUCAUUUAAGUAGCCUUAAAGCUCACUUGCGCAUACAUUCUGGAGAGAAGCCUUACUCCUGUUCUGACUGUGGGGAGAGUUUCUCUGUGUUGAGUAACCUUAAAGCUCAUCUGCGCAUACAUACUGGAGAGAAGCCUUAUUCCUGUUCUGACUGUGGGAAGACUUUCUCAAAAUUAGAUAACCUGAAACAUCACCUGCGCAUACAUACUGGAGAGAAGCCUUACUCCUGUUCCGAUUGUGGGAAGUGUUUCUCUAAAUUAGAUAAGCUAAAACAUCACCAGCACAUACAUACUGGAGAGAAGCUUUACUCCUGUUCUGACUGUGGGAAGAGUUUCUCUAAUAUAAGUAACCUUAAAAUUCAUCAGCGCAUACAUACUGGAGAGAAGCCUUACUCCUGUUCUGAUUGUGGGAAGAGUUUCUAUAAAUUACAACACCUUCAAAGUCACCAGCGCAUACAUACUGGAGAAAAGCCUUACUCCUGUUCUGACUGUGGGAAGAGUUUCUCUAAUAUAAGUAACCUUAAAAUUCAUCAGCGCAUACAUACUGGAGAGAAGCCUUACUCCUGUUCUGAUUGUGGGAAUUGUUUCUCUCGAUUAUUCAGCCUUCAUAUUCACCAGCGCACACAUUCUGGAGAGAAACCUUACUACUGUUCUAACUGUGGGAAGACUUUCUCUACAUUAAAUAACCUUAAACUUCACCAGCGCACACACACUGGAGAGAAGCCUUACUCCUGUUCUGACUGUGGGAAGAGUUUCUCUGCAUUACAUAACCUAAAACUUCACCAGCCUAUACAUAAAGGCGAGAAACCUUAGUCCUUUUCUGACUGGGGGAAAUGUUUCUCUCAAUUACAUUCCAUUAAACUUCACCAGCGCAUACAUAUAGGAUUAAAACCUUACAUCUGUUCUGACUGUGGGAACAGUUUCAUUUCAUCUUAUUUUACUACUCAUCAAAGUUUGUGCACAGCAGAGAAGCCAUAUUCCUGUUAUGUCUGUGGAAUGACUUUCUCUUGAUUAGACUACUGUAGAAAUCACCAGUGCAUACAUACUGAAGAGAAACCUUACUCAUGUUCUGACAAAACACAUCAGCGGAUACAUGAUGGUGAAUAACUAUUCUUCAAAAUGUAGGAAGUACUUUUAGAUCAAAUCUGAACUUACUAUUCAUCACUUAGUACUUACAUAAGAGAAUUCUCUCAUGAUAUUCUGCCUGUUGGAAGAUUUUCACUUAAAUAGCCUAAAACAUGUUGGAAAGACAUUGGCCCUCAUUCAUGAAACGUGCGUACGAUCAGAUUUGAUCCUAAAAUGAAUUUCAUAAAUAUUAUCUUUGUCGUAUCCUUACAAUCAAAUUCACUUCUGGUUAGAGACUGUCUAAACCUAUGUCAAAAGAUUAAGAUAUUAUCAUGAAAAACAACAAGCAUAACAGCCUCAGUAACAAAAACUACUAUAAUAAUAAUAGUAUUAAUAAUAGGUAAUAUAAGAGUAUAGCACAUACAAACGUACCAAAAUAUUAAACAAUGUUUCACUAUCUUAUUAGUGUAUCAUUUGUUCCUUUUACUUCAUGCUGCAGUUUUUAUAUUUUAUUCCUGUUGUUCACAUGUUUGUAAGCUUUGAAUUGCUUUUGUGUAGGCUUUGUAAUGUAAUGCCUGAUGCACAAGACCAAUUCAAUUGCUUUGCCUUGCUUUUCCUAAGUAACUCAUGCCUAUGCCUAUAAUAUCCACAUACUUGGAGAUCUUCUAGAUCAGAAUUUUUGACGAGAAACCAAAAGAUUACAUGCCAUACAAGUGCUGGUGCUCUCUACCUUGAGCUUCUCGGCAAAAGGCACCUUCCAGAUGGAAAUGGGUGACAGAAGUGGCGUUUCUCAGCCUUCUAACAGCCACUUAAUGCCAGCCGUCCCAUCAGCCGUAAUGCAACUGUGCCAUCAAUACAUCAGAUUUCCACACAGCUCAGCAAUUAGCCAUUAAGAGAGAGUUUCACAAAAUAGCCGAUUUGCCAAAUGUAUUUGCCUACUAUACCUCUUGGGGUGUCCGUUGUUCAGUUGAAAGCGCGUUAAUUGCAUCUGGGAUUUUGGUCCACGUUUUCCCUUUCUGCGAACCUUUAAUGCCACUUCUGAGGCUGCCAAAUAAAACCAUUUUGUUGUCUGCGACCUGUGACACGAGAAAUUCCAAUUCAGCAUUAGAGGCAUUUAUUUUUUUCGGUCUGGUUCGUUUUGCUUCAGGAUAUAUCUUUGAUGACUUCGGGUCUAUAGUUUAUGCUGAAAGCUGUCAAUUUAUAGGCUGAUGAUUGCAACACCUGUAUAAAUUACGGGUGUUUCAUAUGUUAAAAAGGACCGGCGCAGCGCUUUCUCACGUCCACGGCUUUAUCUGACUGAUCAGUCUCCCAUGACAUCUAUGCUCAUUUCCACCAGGUGCGACAGUUUCGUGAAUCACACUCCGAGAUGAUCGUAAGUCUCUCUCAACAUUCAAAUCUGAGAUCUUUCCUGAGAAGGUUUUAUGAAUGAGGGCCAUUGAAUGCUUUGGAGACAGUAAGAUACUGUACAGGAAGAGAGACUAACUGUAAAUCACAUGCCAAUAAGCUCUGGACAGUUGAAAGACAUCACACAAACACACUCAGAAUUACAAGUUCACAUGUACCCAGAUACACAUAUCCUUCAUCAGUGGGGAAUCAAAAGGGGAUUUUGAGACCAUUUGGGCUUCUUAAGAUCAGAUGGUAGUAAACUGAACAGAUAAUGUGACGUGCUUGGGGUGUUAUAAGAUCAGUUUUCUUGUAGUUCGGUUGAUUGGCUUGUGACAUAUUUGAAUUAGAUAAAUUACUGUGUUGGUAGUAAGGAUGCACUGAUUAUAAAAAAAACAUUUUGACAUUUCUGUACCUGUGAACCCUGGCAUGAAAUAAAUAAGAAAUGUUGCUUGUGAUGAUGCUUCUGUGAUGGACAAAAGGAGUCAAAAUUAUAUAAAUAUACCAUUAAUAAAAAAAAAAAUCAAGAAAUAUAUUGUUUUAAGUGACAAAUUGUUUGUUUCUUUAUGAUGCCAUUUUUCUAAAUAAGGUUAUGAUACAUCCUGAUUAUUACAUCAACGACGGGAGCUUGGGCCUUUACAGAGAUGGGGUUUGUGGUCUAACAGUGACAUUUUGGGAAUAAGUGCUGACAUGAUAAAUGAGGGAAGGGAUAAAGGUUUUUUUGUGGUGCGAAAAGAGUGUAAGAUAUUACUCUGCAGAAAGUGAUGGACAAUCUUCAGCGAGGCUGGACACAAGAUUCAUGUCUACAAUACAGCAAUGUCAGGCCGGAGCUUGCUGUUGUAAAUGGACUGUUGCUCAGACAAAACCGAAUAAUCGUUCCAGAAAAAAUGUGUAAAGACUUGCUUAAGAGAAUACAUGAGGGGCAGCUUGGAGUUGAAAAAUGUAAAAUAAGACCCAAGGAAGCAGUUUAUUGGCCUGGAAUAAACACAAAACAUUUAGAAAAUGGUGAGCUAGUGUGAGACGUCUCAAACAUCAAAACAUACACGCAAAAGAACCAAUGAUCAUAGCUGACCAAAUUACAGAUCCAUGAUCAAAUGUUUGGUACAGAACUGUUUCAUUUCAAUGGGAAAGACUAUCUUUAGUUAAUAGACUACUAUUGAGAUCCUGAGAUGGAACUACUGUCUGUCCUGAGAUGGAACUGCUGUCUACUCUGAGAUGGAACUGCUGUCUACCCUGAGAUGACACUGCCAUCUGUCCUGAGAUGGCACUGCCGUCUGUCCUGAGAUGGCACUGCCGUCUGUCUUGAGAUGGAACUGCCGUCUGUCCUGAGAUGGAACUGCCGUCUGUCCUGAGAUGACACUGCCGUCUGUCCUGAGAUGGAACUGCCGUCUGUCCUGAGAUGGAACUGCCGUCUGUCCUGAGAUGACACUGCCGUCUGUCCUGAGAUGACACUGCCGUCUGUCUUGAGAUGGAACUGCCGUCUGUCCUGAGAUGGCACUGCCGUCUGUCCUGAGAUGGAACUGCCGUCUGUCCUGAGAUGACACUGCCGUCUGUCCUGAGAUGAAACUGCCGUCUGUCCUGAGAUGACAUAACCAUGUUGUGUGAUUAAUCAAAUGAAGUCAUUCUUUGCCAGACAGCCUUCUGAAAGUGACAAUGGGUCAUGUUACAACUGUUUCAGCAUUUUGCAGAUCGAUAUGAUUUCCAGCAUGUUACUUCUCAACCUGUAUGCACAAGCAAGUGGCAAAGCUGAAAAAGAAUUCCAGAUUGUCAAACAGCUCUUAUAGAAGGCAACAGAUAGUGGUUCUGAUCCAUAUGCAGGCAACAGAUAGUGGUUCUGAUCCAUAUGUAGGCAACAGAUAGUGGUUCUGAUCCAACAGGAGGCAACAUAUAGUGGUUCUGAUCCAACAGGAGGCAACAUAUAGUGGUUCUGAUUCAUAGGAAGGCAACAUAUAGUGGUUCUGAUUCAUAGGAAGGCAACAUAUAGUGGUUCUGAUUCAUAGGAAGGCAACAUAUAGUGGUUCUGAUUCAUAUGCAGGCAACAUAUAGUGGUUCUGAUCCAACAGGAGGCAACAUAUAGUGGUUCUGAUUCAUAGGAAGGCAACAUAUAGUGGUUCUGAUCCAUGUGAAGCUCUGCUGACUUACUGAGCCUCCUCGCUGAACUCUCAAUAUGUUGUAGGCGGAGGACAACACUACCCUCUAGUGAAAGAAACACAGGACAAGAAUAUGUACAAAAAGACCCUUAUUGAAACAGGAACCAAAUGUUUCCCGUCUCUACAAGAAUGAUGUAGUUCGAGUUCAGGUUCCAAACAUUUGGAGCAAGAAGGCCACUGUAUGUAAAGAAGUUGCUCCUAGAUCAGUUACAUUUUAUUCAAGUUUAUAAACUUGCCAGUUCUAGUAUCUAUUGACAGUUGUUACUAUAACACAGAACUAUCUAGAAAUUCACCCUUCCA